AUGAAGUUCUUCAAGAGACCAACGAUAUUUGCUCUUCUCAUACCAUCAAUACCAUCAGUAUCAGCGAUUCAAGCUCUGACGAACUCACCAUGCGCGGUGCAGUGCGGAAACGUCUUGGGAUCUACUACUGGAGCCGACAUUGAGUGCCUGGAUGAGAGGUUUGGCUUGACUCCGGGCUCGACGUUCAAGUCUUGUGUAGAAUGUCAGAUAAAGAGCAAGUUCGUGGAUCCUGUCACUCAUCAAACAGAUCUACAGUUUGGAUUAUACAAUAUGAGAUAUGCCGUGAGUUGGUGUUUGUUCGGAUUUCCAAACAACACAGACGUCGGUAGUACGCCAUGUACAAUUGGCUUCUCUUGUGGUCCUCUGCAACCUGCAUUUGAGUAUGACGGUCUCUCGCCAAAUUCGCCAGCUCUCGCAUAUUGUCCAGGAUAUGUCUCCACUACAGUCCAUUCAUGUAGUAAUUGCCUAAAGAACCAAAACGACAAGACUUUCUUAAACAAUUAUGCCAUUGCACUUGAUGCAGCCUGUAUACAACAACCCGCUCCUGGGCAUACGAUAUCUCUUGACGGCACCGUUUUCUCUCAUGUAACUGUCAACAUCACCAAACCGGACGACAAUGUGCUUAACGGAACAACUGGAGCUUCUACCAGUGGGCUUACUCUUGGAGCAAAGGUUGGCAUCGCAGCUGGUGCAGUGGUUGUGUUGUUGGCUAUCACCGGAUUCUGUAUUAUCUGGAACGGACGCCGCAGACGUCGCCGAGUUCUCGCACAGCGCCAACGCGACUCUGGCUUCCAAGAUUGGCGUCAAAAUCAUGAUUUUGAAAACGCAGGUCUUCACGGCGGCCACCCCCAGAUGACAGGAACGCCUCAAGAUGGCAGUUCUAGUGCUGGAGGGUUCUUCGACAGUCCAGCGAGCACAAGACCGCUUGUAAGUCAGCGAGCAUGGCCGACACCCAACCAGCAACAAGACGAUAGAAUCAUGUACGAAGAAAGUCCUCUCAGCGCCGUUGGCGAGAAAGCCUACUUCAGCCCGUACUCAAGUAACUACUCUUCGCCUGUCAGCGCGACAGAUGCCUUACAAGCGAACGUCAUGGGCAACUGGCCGCAGGACCGCAAAGGAAGUCUGGGGGCUGGAUCAGCACUUGGACGAAAUAGAAGCAUUGAUAAAGUCGAGCGAGAACCAGAGGGCGACAGAAUCGAAAUGCAAAACGUCGCUCCAGUCUUGCUGCAUCCAGGAAACGGACGUGGUCAACCAGCCGGCCUGUACUCUGAGGGUGCAAGGAGAGUUGGUGGACCUGCUGGGCACUUCUGA